CGUUCGUGGCGUGCAUGCCGGUUCCACCCACCCGCGAGUCCACCCAUCGUUUGAUGGUCUAUACGAAUCUCUUGUUAGAAGAUCUCCUCGCACACUCUCGCGCUACCACUGUCAGCCGUUAGUAGACAUUAAGAGGGGAAGAGGUGUUCGUGUCUUCGUGUUCGGAUCUCAACUCGGCGAUCAAAUCAAGGAACCCCGGUGUAGUCCGGCACAGGUUCUGUGGAUUAAAAUCGGCGGGUUGUGGGCGGGCAUUGUUUCCUUCUUCUUCGGUGGCAAAGAUCAAGAAGACGCUACGCCAUCAAAAGGCGACGACGAGGAUCGAAGUUUUGUGAUCAGUGACGGGUGGCAUCGGACUCGAGAUUGUUUGUCGUUGCUGUUCCUGUUCAUGCUAUUGGAAGCCCGGAGCAAUCUUUUCUCGAGUUUCAUGGAUUCUCUAUUAAUUUUCUGGGGAUCCUUGUUUGUCGGCACUUCUCGAAUACUUUGGGAAGGCAAAGGCUUACAAAGAAAAAGCUUUGAUUUUCCUGGAUUUCAGUUGAUGGUGGGGCUAUAGUUUGACCAUUGCACAAAAACUUGCUUCAGGAAAAAAGAAAAAAAGAGCAACCAUAUUAGAGGCUAAGAUACAAGCUCACCGGAUAAUUCAAGUCCGAUUAAUGCAGGAUUGUAAAAUGGUUGCCAAAGAGAGUGGGGAGGAAAGAGAAGAUCAUUCAAGUGAAUUGGAAAAAGAUGUAAAACAUGGCAAGGAUGGUGAAUCAGAUUCUGACCCAGCAAGGGAUUCACUUUCCUCGCAAGGAGAGACGCCAGCUAAUGAUGAUAGCAAGGUCAGAAGAGCUUCAAGGGUUCCAAAGAAGCUUGCAAAAAAGGAAACAAUUGACAACAGUCCUCACAUAUCACAAGGAAAUGCUAAUCAUCAAGAACAUGGCAGACUGCACUUUAGAGCAUCAAAUACUAGUCAAAAGAAAUCUCAAAAGCCUGGCAGAGCUUCUGUAUCACCUAAAAAUCUGAACAAUAAGAAAUUAGAUAAUACCAAUAUUUCCUCCAAACCUUCAUCAGAAGUGUCCGAAGAAACAGAUAUUAAAGCAGUCGAAGAGGUUAAGGAGAUAGAUGUGUUGGAUGAGGCUCCUGUAUGUGAUCAGCGUAAUGGGACAGAUGAUGAAACGGUUGAUACAGAAGAGAAUGUCCUUGAUGAUGACAGGGCGAGUGUGUAUCAGAAGAUUGAGGAGAUGGAGUCAAGAAUUGAAAAACUCGAGGAGGAGCUCAGAGAAGUUGCUGCACUUGAGAUUUCUCUCUAUUCUGUCGUACCAGAGCAUGGAAGUUCAGCACAUAAAGUUCACACACCUGCUCGGCGCCUUUCAAGACUAUAUAUUCAUGCUUGCAAAUAUUGGACCCAGGACAAGAAGGCCACAGUUGCCAGAAACAUUGUUUCAGGGCUUGUACUGACUGCAAAGUCCUGUGGGAAUGAUGUUUCAAGGUUGACAUUCUGGUUGUCAAACACAGUUGUCCUUAGAGAGAUUAUUUUUCAAACAUUUGGCAACCUGUCCAACUCUACAAAUAUGAGGGCUGUUGAGUCAAAUGGUGGUGCAAGGAAAACUGAUGAGAAACAUACACCACUGAGACGGAAAAACAAUUCUGUUAUCAGACAAGGAAAAAGCCUUGGUUUUAUGCAAUUGUUGGACGACUGGCAGGACACAAGUACAUGUACAACAGCAUUGGAAAAGAUAGAAUCUUGGAUAUUCUCCCGAAUUGUUGAAUCAGUGUGGUGGCAGACGUUGACUCCACAUAUGCAAUCACCAUUAGAGGAGUUGUACACUCAAAAAAACUUUGGUAAAUUGUUGGGACCAGUGUUGGGUGAUCAACAGCAGGGAAGCCUUUCUAUAAACUUAUGGAUAAGUGCUUUUCAUGAUGCCUUUAGCAGGCUCUGUCCAGUUCGCGCUGGAGGACAUGAGUGUGGCUGCCUGCCUGUAUUGGCCAGAAAGGUGAUGGAGCAGUGUGUAUCCAGAUUAGAUGUUGCCAUGUUCAAUGCAAUUCUGCGUGAAUCAGCUCAUGAAAUUCCAACUGAUCCUGUAUCGGAUCCAAUUGUUGAUCCAAAAGUUCUGCCAAUUCCUGCUGGGGAUUUAAGCUUUGGUUCUGGUGCACAACUCAAAAAUUCAAUAGGAAAUUGGUCUAGAUGGUUAACAGAUCUAUUCGGCAUGGACGCUGAGGAUUCAACUAAAGAUGUUCAGGAUGCCAAUGAGGAAGAGACCCUAAUGGAGGCAAAUGCUGGAUCAAAAUCUUUUCAUCUGCUUAAUGAGUUGUGUGAUCUUUUAAUGCUUCCCAAGGACAUGCUACUUGAUAGGACCGUCAGAAAAGAGGUCUGCCCUUCUAUUGGUCUGCCCUUGAUAACACGGAUACUAUGUAACUUUACACCUGACGAGUUUUGUCCAGAUCCUGUUCCAGGAGUUGUGCUGGAGGAACUAAACACUAAGAGCAUUCUGGAGAGGAGGGUGUCGGACAAGGAAGUGAUUGGUGGCUUCCCGUGUGCAGCUGCUCCGGUGGUAUACUUGCCUCCUUCAGCUGAUGAUGUGGCGGAGAAGGUGGGCGAUGUAGGUGGCAAAGCCGGGCUCGAGAGGAGAGGUUCCAUGGUCCAGAGAAAGGGAUACACGAGCGAUGAGGAUCUGGAUGAAUUAGACGACACUCCGCUUGCGCAUAUUAUGGACAAAACACCGCCACUCGUCUCCCCAUCUCCAGUGGGUGGAGGGCACAAGGAAAGUUGGACCUCCAACUCCAGGUACAAUCUUCUCCGGGAAGUGUGGUGCGUGUGAAUAUGCCUUGUCAACCUGGGGUCUCCGCCACCAAGCCUAGUGAAAGUUCACAAACAUUAGACCACCGUGCGAAAGAGUUGUGUCAUAGGCUUCAUCUUCACCAGGACGUCGUAUCGUUUGACACAUCCAUUUGCUGCUUGUAUUGCACACAUCUCUCGGUUGAAUACGCAAGCUUUCAGUCUUUUCUUUCCA